GUGAAGGAGACACCGCACUCUCAAGCGGGCAGUCAAAAGCCUCCGAGCUGCACAAGCAAGGGCAGCUGAAAGCAAUGUUUUCUUUCUGUCUUCUGCGAUACUAACAGAAGAGCGCGGUAUGCGGGUCUAUGUAAACAGUGUGGUCUUUUCAGCCAGAUGCAUCCAGAUGGCUUGGGAGCACCACGGCAGAGUUUCAGUUUAACUUCAGCGUGAGAACACUUCUUCCAGUCAGCUACUGCUGCUGUAUUAAAAAUUAUAGCAAUCUUUCAACUGUAGACUAGACUGUCAUCUGUCAUAGAAUAAUAGUCAACAAAGUUAUUUGGGCAAUAAAGUUUGUACCUCGUAAUACUUUUUACCCUACUUUUCAAAGGAAAACGCUGUAUGUAUUUCUAUUUUUUUAUUAUUUAUUUAUUUAUUUAUUUUAUUUUACUUUGUUCAGGCUUUCCAGUUCUGAUGUCAGCCUAAAUAGAAAAGUUAAAUUUUAACUUACUCAAUGUGCGAUUCGCCUUUAGUGGAAGGCAGGGGUAUUCAACCACAUCCCAGACAUCAGAAAAAAUGUAACCACCAGAAUCUCACGCAUUGCAUUGACUUUGACGACAGCUAAAUCACUUAUUAUAUAAUCUCACAGAGGACAACACCAUGGGCAGUGGAAGCAGCAGAGGGAAAAAGAUUUCAUCUGGAUUACAAAAAGAGGAUCAUAUGUACAUAAAUAAAAAAGAAAGGAAUGGAGGUGACAGUGAUCCCAAAGAGGAAAAGCGCUUGUAUAACUCCUACAAGAUUCAGCAACUCUCCGACUUCAGCAAGUCUAGCAACAGGUCUGGCCUAGGCUGCCACAGCGAAGGACACGACUCGGAUUUUUCAAUCGACGACGAUGAAGACGACAUAGAAGGAGAACUAGAUCGAGUUUUGGCAGAAUAUGAAAGUCGUGAUUUUUACUCGAGCAGAAAACAUCAAAAUAACUCCUUUGUCAGAUCAAACACCUACAGUUUUUGUAAUUCAAGACAGGUGUACAAAGGGUCUGACUUUAAUUCGACGCCUUACAUUCAGAAAGUGGACCAGAUGAGAAGUAACAAACAACCUGGCUUUGGGCUCUUCGGCCCAAAGGACGUGCAGCAGUACAACCGAGUCCAGAUGUGUGAAGGCACAGUGGUCCGUCCUUCGGAAAACAACAUACCGGUAUUUAACAACAGAGACACCUGCAGCCAAAACAUGAUGAGAAACGACUCCCAGAAGCAGGGAAGGACCCAAGAUUUGAAGAACAGCAAUUUGGCAGACAUAUUGCACAACAGCAGUGAGAAUGCAGCCACGGUUCUCUAUGACGGCUCUGAAGAGGAACUCAUGUCCAGCAUAGAGCGAGAGUACAGCUGAUGGGCAGAGGAAAUGAACGUAUCUAAAACAAAGGCACUUUACAUUGCAGAAACACUAGAGUUUGUUCAAAGAGAUGGUGAAUUGAUUCAAGAAAUAGCAACGUUAAUCAAAAUUUUAAAAAUAUAUAGAAUCUGUUUUCUGAAAGCAGUGUUUUGGUUAAAUGUGAUGUUUUGUGUGGGAAAAGCUCGUUUGGUAAUUUGUAAUGACAGAAUUGUUGACAUACGGUGUGUAUGACAGCAGUGAUUCCUGAAAGGUAUCGACAUUGUUCUGGAGAGAGAUGUGAUUAUCACUUCUAUUCCUUCAUCGACUGUACCUCAUGAAAUCAGAAAUGUGCGCAGUCUUGGAAACAGAAGCACCUGCCAACCAAGCGCCUGCUGUAAAGAAGGAGCAGAUCUGCUGCCUUGCCAGUCAGCAAUGAAACUGAUGUGCAACAGGGAUAUGCAGCUUGUAUAUAUUAUAUAUAUAUAUAUAUAUAUAUAUAUAUAUAUAUAUAUAUAUAUAUAUAUAUAUAUAUAUAUAUAUAUAUAUAUAUAUAUAUAUAUAUAUAUACACCAGGGAUGACAUUUGCAUAACAAAUUCAUUAAUAACAUUUGUUCAUGUUGACUGCAUGGAAAAUAUCAAUUCCUUGCUCUGAAAACUGAGCGAGAACCAUUUCAUUUUGUACCUCAAUCCAUUAAUAUCACUGCUCACAAAUUAAACAUAAUGUCAAAACUGAGGGAGAGAAUGUUUUUCUAACUGCGCUCUGGCGUCUGAGUUAUUUGAGCCCCCUUGCAGUAUGCUUCAUUUCCUGACUUCGCCCAACAUACCUUAAUUGUGCUGUGCUUGCCUGAGAAGGCACUCCACUCCACAAAGCCUGAAUUAUUCAGCUGGAGUUUUGGAGGGAAAUCCCAGACGACUCAAAUGUCGAGCAAGCUGCUGUGCCUGUGUAUCUCAUUGGCGCCACCUUCUGUAUUUUAAAAUGAAGUACAACCAUUUUGGAUUUCAUUGUAUCUAUUUGCAAGAAAGCGACAAUUGGUUUAUUUCCUAUUGAUUAAUAAAAACAAGCUAUUCAUAAAACUAUUACUUGUUAAACUUUUUUUUUCAAUUUGUAACCAAUUAAAUGUACUUCUUCUUACAAAAACACAUCCCGCUGAUAUAGGUAUGUUCAUUUAAAGUUUUGUAAUCUUUUUGUAAAGCAGCAUGUCCUCUCGUUGUCGUUAGCAUGGUUGGAAACACUUUAGUUUAAGUGUUGGUUAUGUAAUUAGUAAUAUCAGCAGACUGGUGCAAUGAAGUGGUUUUAAACCAGUUUCAUGAGCUCUGAGGUAGGAAUCUCAUUGAGGGCUGACUGCUUUAUUGCAAGUUGACUGUUCCACUUGUAGUGUGUCAUUAAAUGUGUCAAACCUUUAAAAAAAAGUUUAUAAAUUCUUUCUUAUGGAUCCCUGAAGUAAAAUGCUGCCUAAUGUAAUUAUUUUAUAGUUUCAGUAAGUUGCAUUUAAAGUACCCUCCAUUGUUAACAUCAUGAACGGACAAAAGCUUUCUGUGAAAGUUUGCAUUCAUUCAUUUUUUUAAAUAGAAAUCCCAAAUGAUUCAGA